AUGGUGAACCGGGUCAUGAAGCGCUUGAUACCGGCGAGUGGUCUGGAACAUGUCGACUGGGAGGUCCACGUAAUCGAAUCCAAUGAAGCAAACGCAUUCGUCAUCCCCGGCGGCAAGGUCUUCGUCUUCAGCGGUCUCUUACCGAUCACCAGAACGGAGGACGGGCUGGCGACUGUCCUGGGCCACGAGAUCGCACACAACCUCGCGCGGCACCAGGCCGAGCAGAUGAGCCGCGCCGCGUACAUGAUGGGCCCUCUCCAGAUCGUCUUCCUUAUCCUCGACUAUUCUGGGUUCACAUACGGUCUGGGCCGGCUCCUCGGGACGUACCUCCUCGAUCUCGGAAUCUUGCGGCCCGCGUCCAGGAUCCAGGAGAGCGAGGCGGACUACAUCGGCUUGAUGAUGAUGGCGCGGAGCUGCUACGAUCCGCGCGCGGCCGUCGGCGUCUGGAAGCGCAUGGAAGCCGCGGACAAGAAUAAGAUCCCCGAGUGGCUGUCGACGCACCCGUCGAAUGAGAACCGCGUGAGCAGGAUCACGGAAUGGCUUCCCAAGGCUGAAGAGGCGAGGAGCGAGAGCGAUUGCGCGGCCAUGUUGGCAUAUAAUCAGGAGUUUCAAAGCGCAUUAGGGAAUUACGGCGGUUUCUUUGGGAUCCGAUGA